AGCUGCAGCGAUGGAGAUCCGACCGGACAGGUUCAAGGCUUCUGCGGCCAAAACUCUGGGAAAAAUCCACAGAAUAAUCGAGAAGCGGCAGCCCAAUGGCGAGACGAUCGAGCUGUCCGCGGAGGGCCGUCCUGAGCUGGUGGAGGAGAAGGAGAUGCCCAUUGUGGACUGUACGUGCUUCGGGCUUCCACGCCGUUACAUCAUCGCCAUCCUGUCCGGCCUGGGCUUCUGCAUCUCUUUUGGCAUCCGCUGUAACCUCGGUGUGGCCAUCGUCAGCAUGGUGAAUGACCACACUGUGUACAAAGGCAACAAGGAAGUGCUGGUGGCUGCACAGUUCACGUGGGACCCAGAGACAGUAGGAAUGAUUCACGGCUCCUUCUUCUGGGGCUACAUUGUCACUCAGAUCCCAGGAGGGUUUAUAUGUCAGAAGUUUGCAGCUAACAGAGUGUUUGGCUUUGCGAUAGUGGCCACAUCGGUGCUGAACAUGCUGAUCCCCACUGCUGCUCGCUGCCAUUACAGCUGUGUCAUACUGGUCAGGAUAUGUCAGGGACUGGUGGAGGGCGUCUCAUACCCAGCCUGCCAUGGCAUCUGGGCAAAGUGGGCUCCUCCGCUGGAGAGAAGUCGAUUAGCCACAACUGCCUUUUGUGGGUCCUAUGCAGGGGCGGUAGUCGCCAUGCCUUUAGCCGGAAUACUGGUCCAGUACAGUGGCUGGCCUUCUGUCUUCUAUGUUUAUGGCAGCUUUGGUAUCUUCUGGUACUUGUUUUGGGUUCUGGUCUCAUAUGAGAGCCCUGCAGCCCACCCCACCAUUACCCCAGAGGAACGCAAGUACAUCGAAGACGCUAUUGGAGAAUCUGCAUCAUUUCUUAAUCCUCUUCAUAAAUUUAAAACUCCUUGGAAACACUUUUUCACCUCAAUGCCAGUCUAUGCCAUAAUUGUGGCAAACUUCUGCAGGAGCUGGACCUUCUACCUGCUGCUCAUCAGCCAGCCGGCCUACUUUGAGGAAGUGUUUGGGUUUGAGAUUAGCAAGGUGGGAAUAGUGUCUGCGCUGCCCCAUCUGGUCAUGACCAUCAUCGUGCCGCUCGGAGGCCAGCUGGCGGACUACCUGAGGACGCACAACCUGAUGACCACCACCAACGUCCGCAAACUCAUGAACUGCGGAGGUUUUGGGAUGGAAGCCACACUCCUACUUGUGGUGGGAUACUCGCACACGAAAGGCAUCGCCAUCUCUUUCUUGGUCCUUGCCGUGGGGUUUAGUGGCUUCGCGAUCUCAGGAUUCAACGUCAACCACUUGGACAUUGCCCCUCGAUACGCCAGCAUUCUGAUGGGCAUUUCCAACGGCGUGGGGACUUUGUCAGGCAUGGUGUGUCCGCUCAUCGUUGGAGCCAUGACCAAGCAUAAGACGCGAGAGGAAUGGCAGGGAGUGUUCCUGAUCGCCUCUCUGGUCCACUAUGGAGGAGUGGUGUUCUAUGGGAUCUUUGCUUCGGGAGAGAAACAACCGUGGGCCGACAUAGAGGACACCAGCGAAGAAAAGUGCGGCAUUAUCGACGAGGACGAACUGGCCAAUGAGACGGAAGAGAUGUACCGCGGGGGUGGGCAGUACGGGGCCAUGAGCCAGGUGGUUGGUUCAAACGGAGGGGGCGGAGCUGGCAGCGGCUGGGUGUCGGACUGGGACAAGUCUGAGGAGUAUGUACAGCCGCCUGGAUACAACUCUUACAAGUACGAGGGGAGGGAGGAGGAGAGCGAAACCACCUAGACCAAUGACUCUAUGCAGUAAACGGAGUAAACAGUGGGAAAGAAGACAUAUUCUGAACAAUCAAGACACUGCGACACGCUAAAUGGAACGGACAGUCCUUUAGAUAGUAUUUCUAUUUGCACAUGGUCAGUGUGUGCAUUCACUGGAUGGGUGUGCUCUGGGUUAUGUGUGACGUGAUAGUUUUUAUUUAAAUAUAUGUGUAUUUUGGAUGUCAUGAGCAAGCAGACCAGUAUAGAUAUUACAAUUACGGCCAGACAAUCCAUAUAAAAGUCCAUGAGUUCUAAUGGAGCUCCAGAUUUGUCAGAAGUAGGGCUAUAACUACUGAUAAUGUUUAUUUUAUUUGAAGUGUGCUUUACAAGCUUGUCAGUUUUAUUCAUUCCCUCCACCACACCUGGUCGUGGUAAGAUAUUUCUAUAGCCGCAGCAGCCCUGGGUCAUAUUGACAGAGGCCAGGCUGUUAAUCUGCCGCAGUGGCGUCUUGGCUCACUCACUCACGGUAUUGAGCUCCUCUCUGGCUUGUCUUAAGGUCUUUUCCGCGUCUGUAUUGUUAUAAAAUGACUCAAAUUGGUUGUUACCAUAAGCAGAAGUGGAUGGACUAACCAAAAUUUGUACUCAAGUAUAAAUAUUGUAUCUUCAGAGUUAUAUUAUUCAAAGGUGCACUAUGUAACUUUUCUGGUAGGGGGUCCAUCACCUGCGUGUUUCACUUGAGAUGUCAUUGCUUUGCCUGGAUUGUUCCACAGCAUGGCCAGUAUCGUGCAUUUAUUUAUUUGCAGGUGUUUUUAUUGCUCAAAUCUGGGGCAAACCUGCUUUGGAAAUUAAUGCCAAAACUUACAUGGUGCAGCUUUAAGUAGUAAUAAGUAGUGGUCAAAGAAAUUACUUGUUUUUAAUUGUAACUGUCAGGACAUAAUAUUUGAUUUAUGACUUGAGGUUAAUGUAAUUUGAAGGACAAAAUGUUAAUAAUGCACAAAAUCUGAUAUUAUCAAAGAAUAGACGACAAAAUGAGAAAAACUUAAUCAUAUCUGAAGGAGCGAUGCAAGAAACGCAAAUGCUCAUAUUGUCAACGCUCAAGUAGGAGUACUGUUACUUCAAAUUAAAUAUUACGCAAGUUAGUUGGAGUAAAAGUAUCCAGUUUGAAAAGUACUCAGAAAAUACUAUUUAAUUUAAAGUUACUCAAGUAUACGUCACUUGUGGACUUGCUCACAGUGGGAAGAGUAACCACAACUUUUCUCAAAUAAGAGUACUGCUACUUAAAACUAAAUAUUAGUCAAGUAGGAGUAAAAUAUGCAGCCUGAAAAGUUCUUUAAGAAGUACUAUUUAAUAUAAAGUUACUCAAAUAUAUGUCAUAAUGGGAAAAGUUACCAAAAUAUUACUUAAGUAGGAGUAAAAAGUACGAAUACGCAGUCCGAAAAUUGCUACAACACAAUUUGAUAUCAAGUAUUUGAGUAAAUAUAACCGAGUACUACCCAAUGACCGCAUUUCCGUGUAAUUUUCUAAUGGGAUGUUGUAAUGUUCUGCUCUUAUUGGCCGGCUCUCUCAGUCUAAGCAGGUGCUGUAGAUCAGAGUGCAGUAGUAGGAGCACAUGAACCAUAUUUGAAUGUGCACAGGUCCGUGGCGGAGUGGAGCGCUUGUGUUGGGAGAGAAAGAGGGGCCGUCUAGUGCGAGCUCACCUGUGUCUGACCUAACGAAGCCAUGUGGGUCAUAAUGUGCACGUGACAAAUCAUCUGCCACACUGAUCUUUGGUUAAAUAUACACUGUUUAUUUAACUGUACAUUUACAUUGGUGGUUUUCAGGUUUGAGAAUGUGAUGAUGUUAUACUUUAAUUUGAGGCGCAAGAGAAUGAAAAGCAAAAAUCUGAUCAUAAUCUGAUUUAUGGAGUUAUCAGAUUAUGUAAACGGUAGCUGCGGUUACAUGGACACCAAAAUCUGAUUAUUGUCUGAUUUCUGGACCUAUAAGAUUAUUUAAAUUAUAUGCAAACAGCAAAAUCUGAAGUGUGUAUUCAGAGGGACAAUGAUCUGAAAGAAAUUUGAAGACGUUGCCGUUUAAGUGUCAUUUAAUUUAAUCUUUGUGAGUAAUUUAAGUUAUUUUUCGAUUUUUUUGUCUUCCAAAUAAUAUAACAGUUACUUUUGUGCAUGUAAACAAACAUCUCGAGUGCACAUCUACCAUAAUUUGCUCAUGAAGGUUGAACCUGACAGAAGAACUCACUAUAUUAUAACAAAAAUCUAUAGGUCAGGUUCAUGAGACAUCGCAAUUUUUUAAAUCAGUAGUUUAAAAUUGAUCUGUUUUUUUGUCAGGAAUCGGCUCAACAAAUUUAAGUCCCUUCAACUGACAACGAUCAUAUCUUUGAUUUUGAAUAAUGGCACAAUUUGUUUUUAUUAUUUCUUUGUCCAUUUUGGUUUCAUGUGGAUAGACCUAGUGAUUACAGCGAUAUUAACCAUAAAUCAGGUCAACAAAUCUGCAAUCUGACGGUUAAACAGCAAAUUCCACCAUAGAAAUCAGCCAGGAGUCCAGAAAACGCACUUCAAUACGAGCAUGAUUGACAGGUGGAUUAACCAAUCAGCACGCGGGUCCGUCUAUAUUGGAAAAAAUAAAGUGAAAAAAUAUUACAGGGGGCUGAAAAAUACUGUGGGUUUCUGCAGAAUCAAAGAGCAAAGCACUGAACUCUAUUAAACAGAGGUGAAUUUUUUUUUUUUUUAUUAUUAUUAUAGGUGAAAAAUUUGCUCCUUUGGUUCACAUGUGUCACAAAAAAAAAAAAUAAUAAUAAUAAUCUGAUUGCACAAUAACGUUUGACCGAGGUUGAGAGGCAAUGGACGGCGAGGGGACCAGACUGAUAUCAAUCUGUAAAAAAAAACACAGAGAAAUAUCAUUCUGGAUUUGCCGUCCUCCAGAUCAGUUUUAAUAUAUAGGAAUUUUAGAAUGAACACAACCUAUUCCUGGACCUAUUCACAUGAAACAAAAACUGGCAGAAAUAUCUACGUCUUCUCUAUGAACACAACCUAUUUACACGAUUUCUAAGCAUGUGUGGAGUAUCCGUUUGUGCAGUUUUUUUCUCUGUACUCAUCAAAUUUUCAUCAGUAUUUUUUUUUUUUUCUUUCUUGCCGUUCCUGAGUUGGUGCUGUCUUAAUGUUGUGAAACUUUUGAGCUGGUGGAACAGAGCUUUUAAUUUAUUUAUUUUUCUUUUUUUCGUAUGUAUUGUUGGGUGCAGGUGCAGAACAUUGUGCGGUGAGCAUGCUUAAGUGAGUUUAGCAGUGCCGUACCCCACAAUCUCGUAUUUUUUCUCUCAGUUUUCAACAUGCAUUUGCAAAUUUACGAGACAAAGUUGACACAGGUUGACACAUACUGUUCAUUUAUGUAUGAACAAGUAUUUAUUUGUAGUAUUUAGGUGCACAAUGUAACUUUUCUGGUUACAAACUGCGUGCAAAACCUGCUUGUGUCCAUGGAGAUGUUAUUGCUUUGUCUGGAAUGUUCCAAAUUUAACGUAUAUCUUAGUCCAAAUUACAGGUCAGAUCUGUGGAGAGGCCACUCACAGUAAGAAUGUAUGUUUUUCAAUGCAUUUUUGAUCAGUUAAAACAACCGCAAUUAAAUAAAUGGUAGAUACUUUUGCGUUGAACAUUCAGGGUGAAGCCAAAACAUCUCCACGGUGAUAAGCAGAAAAGUUAAAUAGUGCACCUUUAAAUUUAUGUCCAGUUUCAAAUGUUUGCUUCUAUUUUUUGUAGAUGCAGGAAUUGUCACUUUGAAAUUUUGGGCAGUAUCAAGAGGUUGAGUUUCUUUGCUGACUCACAAAAAGUAUUAUUUACGAUACCGGCAAAUACAAAACAGCCAAAGCACCACCCACACACACCCACACAGAGUACAUAAACAGAAAUAACCACGUUUUUACACCAUCUUUUCAACUAAAAUCUUAGUGGACCAUAACGCUGGUGUGAAUGUUUGAUGCUAUAUUUUGCUCUAUGGUUAAAGUAUAUGAGAGGCUUACUGCCAUUAAGUCAAUGUUAUGAAAAUGCAAGUGUUUUAUUUUAAGUGUUGUUGUAGUGUUUGUCUUGCCAAUGUUGUCCUCCUUCAUAGAAAAAUGUGGUCCUUUUGCUAGGAGACGAAACGAACAAUAUCUCCAUGGAAACAGGUGGUGUUCACUUGUACAAUAGACAUGUAUAUGUGAUAAAUUCUUCCUAUGUAAAAUAAAAGAUGUAUGGUCAAUCGCUUAUGUAAGAAGUCUGGGGGUUAUUAUGGCAAAUUAAAGGAGCAUUGUUUUGUACACGGUGGUGGUUGCAUUGUCACUUGUCUGUCUCUGCCGCAUAGGACAGAUGGAUGGAGGAUUAUCGGUGUGAUUUUAGGCAAAGAUUAGAU